AAGCAAAUGAGCCGUGGAGUGCUGGUGUUUGGGUGUAAUGUUCCUUUAAAGGCUGUUGCCCCCUGCAGCGUCGUCAUUGCGCAGAACAGUUUGAACCAAAAAGCGGAGUGACCUUCCUCCGCUUCCAGUCUGAGAGGGGCAGCACUGAAGCAAGAAGCCGCUCACAGCUCCCAAAGUCCACCGCUACAGCCUCAGAAAUGAACAACAACUUAGUCGGAGAUGAAGUCGGGAAACUUUUUGUAGGUGGACUGGACUGGAGUACGACACAAGAAACAUUGAGAAACUACUUCUCGCAGUAUGGAGAGGUAGUAGAUUGUGUCAUCAUGAAGGACAAAACCACAAAUCAGUCGCGAGGCUUUGGCUUUGUUAAGUUCAAAGACCCUAAUUGUGUACGAACAGUGCUGGAGACAAAGCCACAUAACCUUGAUGGAAGAAAUAUUGACCCAAAGCCAUGCACACCCAGAGGAAUGCAGCCCGAAAAGUCUCGGACCAAGGAGGGCUGGAAGGGCAGCAAAGCUGAUAGCAAUAAAUCUAAGAAGAUAUUUGUAGGUGGAAUUCCCCAUAACUGCGGAGAGCCUGAACUCAGGGACUAUUUCAAUAGAUUCGGAGUGGUCACAGAGGUGGUAAUGAUCUAUGAUGCGGAGAAGCAGAGGCCCCGAGGUUACUGUGCAUUGACAGGUAACACAGAGGUGGAAGUAAAGAAGGCAGAACCUCGUGACAACAAAGCUCCUGGCCAGCUUGGUCCUGGUCAGUGGGCUCCCAGGGGGAUUUUGACUGCAGCUAAUGGUUGGACAGCACAGCCGGCCCCAGGCUGGCAACAGGCUUACGGCCCACAGGGAGUGUGGGUGUCCGCUGCCGGCCAGCCUAUAGGUGGGUAUGUACCUUCGCUUUCAGCGGGCCGGGGAACCCCUACGCAACCUCCGUCACCCUUUAACGCAUUCCUGGUCACCACGCCGGCCGGCAGCUUCGCAGCACCUCAGGGCUACCCUCAGCAGGGCUACAGCACAGCACCUCAGUUUGGUUACAGUUUCGGCACACCCCAGGCAGACCAGUACGCUCCGCAGGUUCCUCCUCCUCCCACCACACCAGGAACGGCAACGCUGGGCUUUGCCCCCGCAACCACGCCAACUCAGGACUUGAGCAAGGCUCCCACAGGGCAGCCUGAUUUUCCUUACAGCCAGUAUGGCCUGGGUAACUACCCUCAGGACCCCUCUGCCUACGGUCCAACGCGUCCUUCUCACAGUUAUGGUCAGGAUGAGCAGGGAGGAUAUAGUGCAGCUAAAGGGGUGAGAAAGGAAAGAAGAUUGAAAGGAGACCAGCACACCAGUAAAUCUGAGUUUCUUACAGAUUCUUCUGUCUCUGAUGGUCCUGUUGGGAUCAUUCUUCAAAAAAAAAAAAGUCUUGUAUUCUUCUAUUUGUGCAUUUCUUCCUCUCUUUUUCUCUCCCUCAUCUUUCCACUCCAGUUGUUUAGAUCUUUUUUAGAAAUGUUUUGAUAGCUUCACUCUUGUUUUGAACUGGAUGCUGCCAGGACAGGAUAAUAUCUAAACUGAAAAUCUGGCCACCAAUUUGGGAACCAAAGUUGACAUUCAGGCAUUGGUCCGAAUCAUCUCCUCAGGGAGUUUCCUUUCUCAGUAGUUCCUGUGUUUCCCUUGUGUUUUUUCAGGGAAAUGGUGCCAUCCAGUUCCUAAAUCAAUUAGAACGUGUGUUGUGCAUACUAUACAAGACACUCCACACAUUUUACAUCAAACCAGCAAAAAAAUUACCAUAUUGCUUUAAUUUAGGUGAAACUUUCUAAAUCAAAUAUCUCAUUCAAAUAUUACAAUUUUUAAAAAUUUGGGGGAAAAUCCACCUUCUUUUAGUUUUUAGGUUAUUUUAAAAUAAAAAUAUUAACAACUCUGCAUCACACGUCAAACUCAAAACCAUUUAUGUGGCCCUUGAGACUCUUUCAAGUCAAAAAAAUGUGCUUGAAUGUUUUUUUUAUCAAUCAAAUUAAAGCAGUUUUUAUGUGUAUACUGUCAAAUUACAUCAAUGUGAAAAGAUGUUCAAUAGUUGAUUUCAAAAAUUACUGAUGGAAUGCAGAAUAAGAUAUUUAUUAAUAUUUUAUCAGUUUAUUAUAUGUGUUGUUUUACCAAUACAUUUUGCUAUAACAAACAUCGGGCCUUUGAGGACAUUCUUGAUUAUGAUUU